AUGUAGAUUAGAUGUACUUAAGCUGAUCAUCAAAAUCAAUAAAUAAUAGGCUUUUGCAUAGAUACUACAUGUACAAAUUAAAGACCAUAUUGUCAUUUUUGCUUGCCAAGCCAUGUUCAACAUUUUGAUAAGUUGACAUCUUAAGAAUUGAUAUCUGGAUGGAUUAAGGAUAGAAUUCUAAUGGUUCAAUAUGUUUAAAAGAAUGUUUAAGAAUGUAAAUUUGCACUUGAUAGUCUUAUAAAUUUUUUCCUUCCUUAUAAUAACUUUAAUUUUUAAUAAUUACCAGGAUUAGGAUUAUCCCAGAUUGAUUAAUUCAUAAAAGUUUUAUGUGGAAUGGGAGAUUGCGAAGAACAGUUAUUUAAACAACUUCAAGAAUCAAUUAAAUAAACCAAAUCGAUUGUAAAUAUAAUAAUUACAAAAAUAAAGAAUCAAAUAACUCUAAAAUAAAAUGAUAAUUAAUUACUUUAAAGACGUAAUAUAGUUAUAUAAAUUUCUGAAUAACCGAAGCUUCUUAAUAUGUUAGAACAAAAUGUAAAACUAUUCACCUUUGACCUCAUGAAAUAAUAUUCAAUUAAGUAAGAUGAAUGGUGUUAAGCAAUAGCUUUUAACAAAGAUUACUCAAAAGUAGUAGCUGGAUGUGAUAAUGAUAUUAAGGUAUUUCAACAUAUAAACGGGAGACUGAAUUAAAUAUAAGUAUUAAGUGUACUUUAAAUUUUAUGAAAAAUACAAAUAAUUUUGUAUCUGGAAGUUUUGAUUUUUAAAUUAUAAUAUGGUAGACGGUUGAAAAUUAGUUUUGGAGAUGUUUAUAAAAAUUGAUUGGACAUUCAGAUUCUAUAUUUUGUUUAUUAUUAAAAAAUACUGAUGAUCUAAUUAUAUCAGGUAAUAGAGAUAAAACAAUAAAAUUUUGGAUUAAAUAAGAUUAUUGGUCUUGUUAAUAAACUAUAACUGAUCAUACUGAUUAUGUAUUUUCAUUAAGCUUAAAUGAAAAAUAAAAUAAAUUGAUAUCUUGUUCAAAUGAUUCAUAAAUAUUGGUUAUAGAACAGUCAAAGUUGAAUAAAAAAUGGUUUGUAACAUAAAAGAUAUAAGUAGUUUAAUUUGGGUUAAGACUAUGUUUUAUAAAUGAUGACUAAUUUACAUUCUAACCCUUACUUAAAGAAUAAAUGGAUGUAUAUGAGAGGGAUAGUAAUAAUAAAGAAUAUAGAAAGACGAAGGAAAUUGCUGUAAAAUCUGAUACAGGUUUAGAUGUUGGGUUAUUUCCAAAAUAAUACUUAAAGUCAAAACGCCUUCUAGUAAAUAAAAUUGGCAAUUUUAUUAAUUUAAUGAGGAAGAAAUAAAAUGGUGACUUUAUAAUUUAAUAAACUAUUGAAUUUGAUAAUAUCCAUAUUUAUGGAUAAUUAAGUGACGACGGAGAGUAUUUAAUCACUUGGGAUAGUGGAUCAAAGGAAAUAUAAAUAAGAAAAUUUAGAGAAUUAUGA